CUUCAUUUGUCUGUAGGCUACUUCUUUAAACCUGGAGCCGCCACCGCAUUCGCACUCCGGCUUCUCUGAAACAUUUGCCCAAACCGGCUACCAGGAAAGACUCCGUUACAUAAGAGAGGCGGCACACAGAAGCUGCAAGUGUCAAUAAACUUGAAGCAUCUCUGAAAAGGCAGCGGACGCGCAGAACUUUACGCACGGAUACACCACUUCAUGCGGCUUUUCAACACUUCCCGACUUCUUCGCUGAGCUACUGUGAAGCAACAAGGCAAGAUGUUCCCUCUGCCGAUGUUCACACCGGACCAGGUCGCCCGGGUGUGCGAGAACCUGGAGGAGACCGGGGAUAUCGAGCGCCUCGGCCGGUUCCUCUGGUCCCUGCCUGCCGCUGUCCCUGGCUCCGCCGGAGAAGCGCUGAACCGACACGAGUCCGUAAUGCGAGCGAGAGCGCUGGUCGCCUUCCACGGAGGAAACUUUGAGGCUCUUUACCAGAUUCUCCAGAGCCACCGGUUUACGCGCGAGUCGCACGCAAAGCUCCAGGACCUGUGGCUGGACGCGCACUACCGAGAGGCGGAGAGGCUUCGAGGGCGGCCGCUGGGCCCUGUGGAGAAGUACCGGAUCCGCAAGAAGUUCCCGCUGCCCCGCACCAUCUGGGACGGCGAGCAGAAGACGCACUGCUUUAAGGUAAAUACCCUGGAAAGAACUCGCAGUUUGCUGAGAGAGUGGUAUCUCCAGGAUCCCUACCCAAACCCGUCCAGGAAACGCCACUUGGCCCAGGCCACGGGACUCACGCCCACGCAAGUCGGUAACUGGUUCAAGAACCGCCGCCAAAGAGACCGCGCCGCUUCAGCAAAGAACAGACUGCAGCAGGACUCCUCCCUCCUGCCCUCUGAAAGCUCACCUGACGGCUCACUUCAGGAGCGCCACCGUCACCCCCACCUGCUGCCUAACUCCCCUCGCCACCUGGGCAGCCCGGAGGCCAGCGACUGCAGCACAGAACCAGAGCGCAGAGGAACAGGAGCGUCCACCCCAGACAUCUCUGUCAGCAGCGACAGCGAGUUCGAGUCUUGAGAUUAAGGACUCUUUUCACGGGGAGACACUGUGCUCCCUGCAGGCUGUCAUCACAUUCAGACAUACUUUAAAGACACUUGAACUGUGAGCGUGGCUGAGGUGUUCUCAGUGGGAGGAGGGCGAGGACGAGGCCACCUGUGGCUGUGGCUGUGACUGGACAAUGUAAAGGAAAGAUAUGCACUUAAAGAAGCACCAUGGCACAUGACCUUGACUGUUAUACGUAUUAGUUUUGCGCUGACCGUGACUCAGCGCUGUAGAAGAGUAAACAUCCACAGCUACUUCUAGAUCAAACACUGUAUUUUCAACUCUCAGGGAAAAAAGUCUUUAUAGAAAGAAUGCCAAUGGUGUUUAGAUAAUGUGAAUGUUAAUGUUUUAAGUUUUUAGGUCAUUUUUUAAUAGUUUUUCUGGAAGCUUCAUACAUCUGUCUGGUUACUGUGAGCACACAAUGAUUAAUGCCUUGAGUAGGCUGUUAUUGUAUAUCAGUAUGUUGACAUGCACAUUAAUAUUGUAAUUAUUUGAUUCAACUUUGGAAAGGGAUCUUCAGUUGCUAUAAUUGGCUAAUCAAGCCGAUAAAGUAUCUUAAAUUAAACACAGGAUUUUGUCAUGUCAAUGCAAAGUCAUGCUUUAUCCAGUGUUGUUGUUUUCAGUAUUGAGAAUUUACUGCAAUGUUUUAUUCUUACACAAUAUAAAUGUAUGACUGUUAGUGGUGGUUUACUAGUUUACUAGUACCACAAUCUUGUAAACAAACCAUGUGAAUUAUUACCUCAACCUUGUUAACCAAUGUAAUCAGGGUAUAAUGUGCAUGUAAACAUAUUGGCAAACAAAAUUAACACAUUUCACUGCCUUAAAAUGAAACUAAGGGCAUCACUCUUUUACAUUGCAAUGACAAGUAAUAAGCUUAGACUGUAUGUGAACUCUAUUAAAUUAACAAUACACACGUGCUGCUUAAAAUACAAACUAUUUUGUUAUUAGCUGUUUUACCUGUUCAUUUCUCUUGUGGUUACUGAAGUCUGCUGAGCUGUUGUGAAUGCUCCUGAUCUGCUCAGAUGAUGAAUUCCUGCAGGAGCUGACACAGAACAGAUGAAUCAGAAAGCAUGUCAUCGGUCUUAACUCAAUGUGCCUCUUACAUUUGAGAACAGUGAGACCUAGUCAGAUAUGAUUAUGUCCUCUCGUGUCUACAAGACACUCAAAGGCCUACUGUUUGCUGUCUUUCUUACAAUCAUCAUUUCUCAUGACACAUUUCUGCAUUUCAAUGAAAAUGUGUAUUUUGUAAAUGCUUUAUGUAAAUAAAUGAACCUAUUUUUAUCCAAA